UUGCAUAACACGGAAUCGAAACCCUCGUCUUCCUCUCUGACCGACUGCGAAGCUAAAAUCAUCGAAGCUUGAAAAGGUCCUCGAUGGCGGGCGCCGCGUCUUGGAAUACCUUCACCCUAAAUGCUCCUCCGGCUGCGCCGGUCGCGGCCGGGCCUCAUCACGUCCGCCGCUCUUCCCUUGCCGUCACCGCCCUCCGCCUGAGAUCCCCAAUUUCCAGGAGCAGCGGGAGGUUUUUGUCCUCCCCCGCGCCAAUCCGCACCCGGGCGGUGGUCGACGACGACGAGUGGGGCAAGGAGGGAGGCGGGGAGCCGGAGAGCGGAGUCGCAGUGGUGGAACCCCCGGUGGAGGAGCUGAGCGAGGCCGGGGAGCUGAAGAGGAAGCUGAUGGAUCUGCUGUCCGGGACGGACCGUGGGCUGAAGGCGUCGAGCGAGACGAGGGCGGAGAUCGUGGAGCUCAUCACCCAGCUCGAGGCCAAGAACCCCACGCCCGCUCCCACCGACGCCCUCCCCCUCCUAAACGGCAAAUGGAUCCUCGCGUAUACCUCGUUCUCGCAAUUGUUCCCACUUUUGGGGUCGGGGCGGCUGCCGCAGCUGGUGAAGGUGGAUGAGAUAUGUCAGACUAUUGAUUCGGAGAGCUUUACGGUGCAGAACUCGGUGAAAUUUGCGGGUCCUCUCGCCACCACUUCUGUCACCACGAAUGCCAAGUUUGAAGUCCGAAGUCCCAAGAGAGUACAGAUCAAGUUCGAGGAAGGCAUAAUUGGAACCCCACAGCUGACAGAUGACAUCGUUGUUCCCGACAAGGUCGAGUUCCUGGGGCAGAACGUUGACCUCUCUCCAUUCAAGGGGGUCAUAAGCUCCAUCCAGAAUGCAGCAUCAUCUGUGGUUAGAACCAUCUCUGGACAACCUCCACUUAAGAUACCAAUAAACAACACCAAUGCACAAUCCUGGUUGCUGACCACUUACCUCGAUGAGGAGCUAAGAAUCUCACGAAGUGAUGGCGGCAGCGUCUUUGUGCUCAUCAAGGAAGGCAGCCCUCUCUUGAAUUGAUACCGAUCCUUCUGCUGCCAAAUAUGAAGUUUGCUAUACUAUCAUAUGCCCAAGUGGGUAACGCAUAGCCUAUAAAUCAAAUAGGCUUAUAGAUAAUAAAUGUGAUUUGAAAUAGAUGUAUAAAUUACAAUAUAUGUUAUAAUUAAUAGCGAUGGUAAGUCAAUAUGAGAGAACUCAUACCUAUUGGUUCCA